CACAGACGGGAAAGAAUGUCUGGACAGCUUCGCUGCGUUGCUGCGACUGGAUCCACUUCUGCGGUCUGGCCCGCGGGUCCAGAAGCGGUUCCAGGUCGUUGCGUGCGAUCCGUGUCGCGGGCGACGACGGCGGCCCUCGCGUCCGCUCCCCCUCCUCCCUCCAGCUUCUCUGGCAGCAGGAUCGUGGCUCCUCAGACAGGAGCAGACUUGGGUCGCUGCCUCCUCAUUUGCAUGUUGCCAUUGUUGCGGCGCCAGGAGGGACAUUUGCGGCAUCAGACGGCGAAUGAGGAGGCUCCUACAGUCGCUGAAGAGGAACCCACUGAAAGUCCAGCGUCUCAGAAGAGAGAAGCACGACUGAGGAAAUUUCGGGAAUUACACUUCAAAAGAAAUGAAGCUCGUAAGCUCAACCACCAGGAGGUUGUGGAGGAGGAUAAACGACUGAAACUUCCCACUAACUGGGAGGCUAAAAAAGCUCGCCUGGAGUGGGAGCUUGCCGAAGAUCAGAAGAAGAAGGAAUGUGCUGCCAGAGGCGAGAAUUACGAAAGAGUAAAACUAUUGGAGAUCACUGCUGAUGAUGCCGAGCGGUGGGAAAGGAAGAAAAAGAAGAAGAACCCAGACACAGGAUUUGCAGGUUAUGCGGAGGCCCAGUUCAGACAGUACCAGAGGCUCACCAAGCAGAUCAAACCAGACAUGGAAGGCUACGAGAAACAGCGGGAGGAAUGUGGUGAAGACUUCCACCCCACAACCAACAGCCUUAUCUACGGCACCCAUGUUCCCACGAAGGAGGGCAUAGACCGUAUGGUGGAGGAUGUGGAGAAACAGAUCGAGAAGCGGGCGAAAUACAGCCGGCGUAGGGCCUAUAACGACGACGCAGACAUCGACUAUAUCAACGAGAGGAACGCCAAGUUCAACAAAAAGGCGGAACGUUUCUACGGCAAAUACACAGCGGAGAUCAAACAAAACCUGGAGAGAGGCACAGCUGUCUAGUGAGCGCAGGCAUCGCUGGGGACUUGUACAUGCUUCAGUCUUGUUCUCUUUUAGCCUAAAGUUCCAAUGGGUCACCCAAGUCACAUGGAACCAUUACAUGUAUUUAAAAGCUCUAUUGUCAGAUAGUUUGUGAGACGUCUUUAUAUGACAAGGUUAUCCAGGAUAUUCCAAUUAUCUGUAAGAUAUGUAAUGUGUGGUGUUUGUACAGUUUCAGAAAUGACACAAAGCUGUUUUGAUUAUUCUCAUCCUUAUUUUUAAAUAAAGCAUCCUCAAUUGAUCUUG